AUGGCCAACUGUAUCCUGCGCGGUUCACUGUCCAAGCCAGCAAUGGCUUUCGCACGUACCCUCGUUUCCAGCCAAACCCUACCGAAGGCUCCCUUUUUCAGCGCCACCCUGUUAACACCGGUCCGGAAGCCGCAGCUGUUUAGCGGACCGGUGCGCCACUUUGCCGUAUCGCCCGUACGAUGUUCGAGCGGUGGCAGUCACGUUACGCUGUGGAAUGCCGAACGUGCCCUGUCCGUUGCACUGCUGGGUGUGAUUCCGGUUGGUUUGAUGUUUCCGUCCCAGGUCGGUGAUACGCUGAUUGCCGUUAGCAUUGUGAUGCACCAGCACUGGGGUUUGGAAGCAAUCGUGACCGAUUAUGUGCGUCCGAUUCUGUUCGGAACGACCGUACCGAAGCUUGCCCAUGGACUGCUGCUGGUGGUGUCGGCCGCGACGCUCGGUGGUCUGUUCUAUUUCAACUACAACGAUAUCGGCAUCGCAGGUGUCGUCCGUAAAAUCUGGUCCACCAAAGCAAAGGAAUAGGAGGCGCGCACCGGUCGCGGGCGAAUGGGAGUGAA